AUGUCCUCAACUCUCAAACCCAUCAAGCUCUACGGAGGCAUUCUCGGCCCAAACCCUCUCAAGGUCGGCCUCAUUCUCACAGUCCUCGAACUUCCCUUUGAAAGCGUCCCGGUCGGCUUCGCGAACGUCAAAGGCCCAGAAUAUGUAGCCAUCAACCCCAACGGACGUCUACCCUCAAUCCACGACCCAAACACCGACCUGACAAUCUGGGAAAGUGGCGCCAUCAUCGAAUAUCUAAUUGAACGCUAUGACACCCAAGAGCCCCGCAAGCUGAGCUUCACGCCCCGCAGCGCCGAAGCCGAGCUCGCCCGCUCAUUCCUCCACUUCCAGAUUUCUGGUCAGGGACCCUAUUACGGCCAAGCUUUCUUUUUCAAGAUGUACCACUCUGAAAGGAUCGACAGUGCCGUCGAACGAUAUGUCAAUGAGGCUAAGCGUGUCACUGGUGUACUAGACCAGUGGCUUGCCAAGGAGAAGGAAGCUCACAAGGAGAACCUCGGUGAUGGGCCGUGGCUGGUUGGGAAUAAGAUGUCUUAUGUUGAUAUUGCUUUCAUUCCUUGGCAGCGUGGUGCUCACAUUGCCCUUGCUGAGGAAGGAUUCAAUGCGGAAGAGUUCCCUCAUGCUAAGGAGUGGAUUGAGCGGAUGGCUUCUAGGGAGCCUUUGAAGGCUAUUCUUGAUGAUGCGGAUGAGCAAUUGGCUCAGGCGAGGAAACAGAAGUGA